UCGACCCAGUAGUGUCAAGAUCCUCGACCGAUACAGAGGAAUGGCAAGAGGUGAAGGACAUCUCACUGGAGGCCACAGGAGCUUUGUGAAGCCAGCAGGGCACAACACAUGGAAAGACGACCAACAAAUCACUGUUGAUGAGAGGAGCGAAACUUCAACCCAGCAUGUUAUCGUGAUAGAGUCUGCGGAUGCAGAGGCUACAGGUACUGGGGUCAAACAGGAGAGGUCUGAAGGAGAGGAAGACCUACAGCACAGCAGAGACAUCCAGGCUGGAGCACCCCCUGUAGCCACAGAGGACCCCGCCCCAGCGCAGCCCAGGACCCGACACAGCAUCAGUGGACUGCAGAACGCUGUCCUCAAGUCAGAGUCCGGCACCGAGACUUUAACUGUAACACACAGGUUCUUACACACAGGAUCUGACCACAGAUCAGACCCAGAGAGACUAGGGCCACUGGCCUGUCCUCCUGCUCCCGGCUCAGAAUAUUUACCAGUAUUUCACCAGAGCCAGAGGACGGUUAAUUCCUGUGGGGAUGUUGAGGGUGAUGCAUUAGACACUGGCAAUGAUGAUCCAUCUUGUUCUUACACUACAGAAAUAGAUCCUGGCAAAAUGCCCUUGGGUUUAGAGACACAGACUGAUCUGUCUAGAGGUGACUGGAACCGGUACAGUAAUAGGUUAUACUCUGAAGGGUGCCUAGAUAAGAAAGGCGAGGUUAUAAUGGUAGAUGAGGUGAAAGUGGAGGGCGACGCUCCUCCCACAUGGAAUGCAGAUAGUCACCUAGGAGACAGACACUCACAGGGCAGAGAUUUCUUAAAUUACAGGGGAAGCUUAGAGACAAAUCUAAAUGUCGCCACCCACUCCUCUUUACAUGCGUUCAGGGGUCGUGACCCAGUGUUCACGUCGAUGGCACCUUCCGAUUCACAUAGCGACGUCCUUUUCGAUCAGUUAUUGAACUCAAACAACACGGCUAGAGCCCAGGCUCAGGGGGAAGGAGCCACAUCAGGCAAUAGUAAAGAGAAAAGAUUCCUCUGCAUGUUCUGUCACAAAGGCUUCAGCUGUCCCCAGAAGGUGGAGAGGCACCAGAGGGUCCACACAGGGGAGAAACCCUUCAGCUGUACCCAGUGUGAGAAGAGGUUCUCCCGCCAGGACAACCUAAAGAUGCACCAGAGGGUUCACACAGGGGAGAAACCCUUCAGCUGUACCCAGUGUCACAUGCGCUUCGCCCUGGCAGGCAACCUGAAGAUGCACUUGAAAGUCCACACGGGAGAAAGGCCAUUCGCCUGUACGCACUGCGGGAAGAGGUUCUCAGAGAGGAGAUACCUCAGGAUACACCAGCAGAAAAACCAUGCCAUUCUAUGAUAUAGAAAGUAACCAUUCCACUCGAUAGCUUCUGACGUUUAGAUUAAACCCUGCAUUAAAGACAAAGAUGAAUUUGUCAGCAGAAUAGAUCCACUGAUUACUUUUGACUUAUCAUAGCUGCCUUUUUUCAGUAUAGGACUCAAAUGUAAUGGGGAUGGGUAAACUCUCCAUGUUGAUGGUGUGUUUAUUAUCUGUGUGUUCAUAUAUGUCUGUGUCCUCUGUAUCACCUCUCUUCCAGGAGGAGAAUCCAGAGUGUCGAUUUAUAUAUUACACUAGAUGACUGAUAAGGGGCUCUGUUUUGAAACCACGCCUCCAUCUUGGCACUCCCCCACCCACGUAAAAAAUAUUUUGGAAGCUCCAGAAAUGCAUUAAUUAAUGUCUACAUUUGUUUUGCCAUGUUUAUUAUAUUACAGACAUCUUAAUGCAUACUUUAAAUUAUAUUAUGUAAGCUAAACUAUUUUUUUGAAAGGAAAAUUUAAAAAAAAUUAUACUUAAGGAAAAUGUUAAGGUUCUAAUAUUACUGUCCCUACUAGGAAAAUAAAUACUUAAAGCUGCAAUAUGUAACUUUUUGGUGACCUGACCAAAUUCACAUAGAAAUGUGAGUUAUAGAUCUGUCAUUCUGAUUGAAAUCAAGUCUAAGAAGCGAUCAUUUUUGCGUCUUUUACUUUCCGUUUUGUACACCGGCUUCAAACAACUGAAAGUAUAAUAUUUUUGGUCAUGGAAAAUAUAUUUCACAGCGGUUUAGAUGGUAGAUUGAUUCUCUGCACUAUACUUACUUGUUUUGUCACAAAUGGAAAUUAGGUGAACUAUUUAAGCAAUAAGGGCAGAGGAGGUGUGGUAUAUGGCAAAUAUA